UCUUAGGUUUCACCUAGGAUGUCUUUUUAAUUGAAAUAAAAACCUUAAAAACAUUUCAUAAUAUUUAGAAGAAUACAACGAAUGUGAAAAUAUAUCUUUAAUUUUUUUUUUCAAAUUAAAAAGACAUCAUAGGUUAAACCUUGGACGAAAUCAAAAUGCCUUAUAAUAAGGAGCAAAGGGAGUAGUAUCUAAGAAAAAUGUAUGCAUUAGAAAUGAAAUAUAGUUGAAUAAUCAAAAUAGCGAAUCAUUAGAAACUUAAGUGACCCUUCUUGUGCAUGCGUGAUUACUUAAAUCACAAGCAAAGACCAUAAUUAGUUACUCAUUGUCAAGUAAGAUUUUAUCGGUAUGGGUUCUAUAGGAACAUCAAACCAAAAUUACUUGAUUAUUUCAAUAUUUUCAGUAGUAAUUAAGUUGCAUAAAUGUAUUCAAUUCAAAAGAAAUGUGUGGGGAAAAAAAGUUCACAACAUUUUAAUCAAGCUCUCAACAUCCAUCCUUUCCUGGACAAGUGGGACUCAAAGCUGCAAAUAGAAAAUUCGGGUCUCAUCAUAUGAUAAGAUCACCCUUUUCGUUGCUAAACAGUCUUAUUUUAUUUCGCAGCCCUAUAAGCCUAUCAAAAUCACAUGACGAAUUUUGGCCCUAGUUUCAUUAAUUAAUCUUUUGACCCACCAAAAAGAGAAGUCCUCUUGGUCACCUUUGUCUCUCUAGCUAGUAUUGGGUUCAAUGAUCUUAAUUAAUCUCGUUCUUAAUCUUCUUCUCAUCUUUCUCAUCUUGAAGUAAAAGACAGUCAAAUCCCCCCUUAACACGGAUCAUCGUCAACUAUUCAACAUAAACUACUCUUUUGCUCCAAAGUUAAAAAAUCAGAAUUCACGCCUUCUUUCCCACCAUUCUAAUAUGAGAUAAUAUUUUUAUUGUCUUAAAAUAAUUGUUUAAUUUAAAUUACAAAAUCAUCCAUCGUUAUCGAAAAACAAACAAUGCAAUAUUAUAAUACCUUGAAUCAUAGGAAUAGCUAGCUACGUUUGACAAACGCCAAUUGGUACUUAGUAUUAUCGUAGUAUCGAAUAUUUAAAUAAGGGAUUUGGAUAUACUUAUACUUUCAGUAUGAUUAUCAACAAGUGACCAUUGUAGACAGUGACCUUAAAUUGCGUAUACUACGUGAUAAAGAAAUACUUUUAAUGAUUAGUAAUAAUAAAAAAGUGUAUGGGGUCGUUAUAUGUAUAGCCACAAAUUAAUUUGAAGACAAUAACGUAUGCUAAAAGGAAAAAACUAUUAAACCGAAUUUUGCUAGAUAAGAGAGGGCAACUCAGUUAGUUGGCCAUUACAUCAGAGAACCAAUUAAGGAUAAAAAGAACCCGUAUUGUUUUUUAUAUCUUUUUUUGGCUGAAAGGCAAUUCUCUUAUCCGAUGAAGAUGAGAUCAGGUGAUCGAUUUGUUCCCAAUGUAUAGAAAAAUACACUUAUAAACAUACAAAAAAGAGAAAAGAUUAGGAAUUGACAAAAAGAAAAAGUAUGAUUUGAUGUUCCUCUUGGGAUGCAUUAAUUUAAUUGUAAAAAUAUAUUCUUUUCGUCGUAAAAUUAAUAUUCAAUUGAUCGUUAAUAUAUGACCAUCAUCAAAGAUACAGUGUAAAAUAUAAUGAAAAAAGUGUACAUUCCAUGAAUAAAACUGAUCAUGACACGGCCAUCCAAGGUUUUGAGCAUUUUCUCUCUUGAUCUUUUCGUUCAAAGAUUAAAGGAAAUCAAAUUAGUACUAAUUCGGUGUCAAUCAAUGAGCAUUUCCACAUGUUAAGGUUGUGAUAAAAAAAAUCUGAAUUUAUGAUUGAAAAUUUUAACAUUUUAGGGGUGAUGAAUUAACUUUUUUUUUUCCCUUCCAUUUUCUCGUGAGAAACGAUAGAAAAUAACUUUUUAACAAUCACAAGGGAUUUUUUUUUUUUUUUGAAUAUUUAAUCUAAUUUGUGUACUUGAGAAAGGGGUGAAGAAGGAGGGUCCUUCUGUUUUUUGAAAAUAGGGAGGAUCCUUCUGUGAUUUCAAGAACUAUGGGGGAUUUUGAUAGCUUACAUAAGUAUAGGGAGUGGUCAGUAAACAAUUUGUCUACAAACGAGGGACCAAUGAGAAUAACUAAACCCGGGUUGACCUGUCCAUCACCGCCCUACCCGAAUCACACCGUAACACCGUGUUCCUUAAAGGCUUAAACCCUGAACCCUAAUUUUGGUCCCCUUUCUUCUCAUCACUCGCUGGAAAUCCCAGAAACUACUCAAAAUCAUCAAUUGAAGAUCAAACCGAAGCAAAAUGCAGCAUGAUGAGGUUAUAUGGCAAGUCAUUAGACACAAUCACUGCAGUUAUAUGUCGAAAAUUGAAACAAAGAUUUUUUGCCGCAACCCGUAUAACGUGACUGGUCUUUGUAAUCGGAGCUCCUGCCCUCUAGCUAAUAGUCGUUACGCCACCAUCCGUGAAGAUAAGGGAGUGUUCUAUUUAUACAUGAAAACAAUAGAAAGGGCUCAUAUGCCUAACAAAUUGUGGGAAAGAGUUAAACUGCCCCGGAAUUAUGAGAAAGCCCUGGAAGUCAUUGACAAACAUAUGAUUUAUUGGCCAAAGUUACUUAUUCAUAAAAUAAAACAACGAUUAACAAAGAUGACUCAGAUGCGCAUACGCAUGAGGAAGAUUGCUUUGAAAACAAGGGAAAAGCUAAUACCAGUGCCUAGAAAAGAGACAAAGAGAGAGGCUCGAAGGGAAGAAAAGGCUUUAAGAGCCGCUGUUUUGGAAAAGGGUAUUGAAAACGAAUUAACUGAGCGUCUCAAGCGUGGAGUCUAUGAUCCUUCGGGUAUUUACAAUGAUGAUUUCAAAUUGUUCGAUAAAGUUCUGCAAGGUUUGGAAGAAAAAGAAAAAGAAGAAGAAGAAGAAGAGGAGGAAGCUGAGAUAGAGUUUGUUGAAGGCGAUGAUCUACUUGAAGAGGACUAUGAUAUAGAAGACUUUGGUGACCUUCAAUCUGGCAAGGACGAUGAUACUGUUGGAACUGAUGAUGAAGAAGAAUACCAUCCAGCAUCCCAUAAGAGAAAGGGGAGGGAUUCUGGCUUGUCUCAUGGGAAGCUUGGGAAAGACGAACCUGGAUCCAAGUCAAAGAAGAAAGCCAAAGUUCUUGUUGAGGUCGAGCAUGAAGGUGGAAGCAAGAGACGGACGACUAUGCAUUAGGAUCAAUAUCAGCAUGUGUUUUUCUUUGGCUCCUGUCUACUUAGGUACUGGGCAUGUUGUAAACCAAAUAGUUAGUAAACGGUCUAAAACUGGGUUUCCUCAUGAUGGUCGAUGGAUGUAGCUGCAGUUGUGCAAAUAGGCUGUUCAUCAAGAUAGUCAAAAUUUUGAUUAUGUACUGAUAAGAAAGUAUCGACUUUUCGACUCCUUGUAACAUCUCAUGGGAACAAUCGCAUGUCGAAGUGUGUUGCAAGCAGUUUAUUAGGUGAUUUUGUCAAGUUUUCUAUGAGAUAGAUUCGGCCAACCCCUGUUGAAGCUGUUCAAUCAGUAAAGGUAAACAUUUCACGCGGUGGAAGCUCAUUGUUGCAUAUAAUAUCAUCCGAUGAGAUCGUUUUCUGGGUGGUUUGUAAAAAUUCUUUCAAAUUCGAUGCUUCUCAUUUCCUCCUACCAAACGCCUCUUUCUGAGGAGUAAACUGAAAAC